GCGGAGUUGGACAAGAUAAUCUCAAAUUCUCUACGGGAGGAAAUAACUAAUAUUGUUUCUACGGAACUCAAUCGCUUAGAACCGAACCUCGUCACACGCCUAACCUCUCUCCUGCCCAUCGACACUAUCAACACCCUUCUAUCCUCCAUGGAGGACAUGCUCAAUGCCUCUACCCCUGUCACUCCCCCUCAUGGGCCUUCACCUCUGCACCUACCUUCUCGCCCCAACAAUCACCUGUUCACGCUUUCCAAAACUGCCCCUCACUCAUCACGAAUCCCUUCCUCUUCCCCUCUACCUUCCUCACCCUCCCUGCUGGCCCGUUUGCGGAAUGGACCCUCAACGACGCAACCAGGACCCCUGAUCCCUGCCGACAACUCCCCAUCGACCAACGUCGGUGCCCCCCAAACGACCAUUGGUUCUUCAAUCAAGGCGGGUAAACGACGUGCCGACGAUGUAGAUGCCAACAAUAGGGAUCCUAAGCGUCAUCGCUAUGAUGCUCGCUCUGCUCACACUGUCACCAUUGACCUUCCACCCAACUGGGAGCCUCUCCCCACCACUAUUGACUACAUUUUCGAAAUGUACAAUACCUGGUCUACCGACUUCGAUGCCGCGGCGCGGGUGCUGCUCCCACGGGUCGGUUAUAUAACUCGUCUAGGUCCCUAUCGACUCCGCCUCACUUUCUCUAAGGAAGGCAUCGAGGAGUUCCUCGCCGCUUGGAAUACCCACCACACCUCCGUACCUGGCUUAACCAAUGUCAUUGCUCACAGGGACAGCACUCAUUGA